ACAUGGUGGAGGAAGUGUUAUGGCAUGGGCAUGUAUGGCUGCCAAUGGAACUGAGUCACUGGUGAUUAUUGCUGAUGUGACUGUCUAUAGAAGUAGCAGGAUGAAUUCUGACGCAUAUAGAGCAAUGCUUUCUGCUCGGAUUCAGUCAAAUGCUGCAAAUCUGAUAGGAUGGUGCUUCACUAUACAGACCGAUAACGACUCAAAACAUACUGCGAAAGCCACCCAAGGGCUUCUUAAGGCAAAGAAAUGAAACGUUCUUAAAUGUCCGAUGACUUCACACUAGUUGAGCAUGCUUUUCUCUUACUGAAGACAAAACUGUCUGCAGAAAGACCCACAAACAAGCAGCAACUAUCAGCAGCUGCAGUAAAGGCCCGGCAAAGCACCUCAAGAGAGGGACCUCAGCAUUUGUUCGUGUCCAUGGGUUCCAGAUUUCAAGCGGUUAUUGACUGCAAAGGAUUCGCGACCAAGUAUUAAAAAUAAUCAGAAUAUUGAUCAUUAUGUUAGUUUGUCCAAUUACGUCUGAGCGUGUGAAAAUGGAGGGACUCUGCUGUGAAAAUGCCUGUAGUUCCUAAACGGUUAAUGCAGUUUUGUUUUUGGUUAAAAGAUGAAAGUCUACACUUCAAUCACAUUUGGAUUGCUUCAUUUCAAAUCCAUUGUGGUGGUGUACAGAGGCAAAAUGACAAAAAAUUGUGUCACUGACCAAAUACUUAUGGACCUGACUAUGUGUGCGUGUGUGUGUGUGUGUGUGUGUGUGUGUGUGUGAAGUUACUCUAUUGUGUAUUUGUUGAUAUGUUUGUAGGUUCUGCACAGCUCAGAAGACGCAGUCAUUCCCUCUUUAGUGACUUUUGGAAAGUGGGAUCAUUCCAAAAACUCAGACCAAUAAGGCCGAAAGGGCGCCCCCUCCCUCCUGCUAGCUCUCGCGCUCUCUCUCUCUCUCUCUCUCUCUCUCUCGUGUGGCUUUCACGCGCUCGGCGCUUCACUCCGACCAGCUCCGGUGCCGCGCGCCACGCAGUUUCUUUGUACCGCCGUUCUGAUUCAUUUACUCACCGCGUUCCCGGACCUGUAAAACCGGUUUGCUCAGUCCGUUCCGGUGUUGUUUUAAAGCCGUAAUUCAGCGCACAGCCUGUUGGGUGUUUGCGGCUCUCUCAUUAGUUUCCCGUUGUCUGUGACGCGGAGAGCGAAACUGCGCUCGAGACAGGACCAGAUCACCGGGAGCAGCUCGCGCUCACUCUGCCCGCGCGCGCGUGUUGUUCGGUGCCUGCACGGAUUUGGCAUGUUUUUAAUUCGCAACUUUCCUUCUCUCACAGUGUGACACGGUGCAGAAGAAAACCGUUUCGUCGCGUGCAGAACACUUUGUCGGCGCAGCAACGAGGGAGUAUAAAGGAUUGUAAAAAAAAAAAAAAAAAGGGACUGAACACCGCUUUGAUUUGUUGAUUUGGGUGGAUUUUGGAUUUCUGGUCUUUCCGGAGACCGCUCCGAGAAGGGAUGCGCUUCCACUCCGCCCGGACUACACACUGAAAACCGGCACGCGCAGUCGCUGCAGCGGCGCUUUACUAAAAUCUCCAUUCACGUAGACUCAUUCUCCUUGGGUACGGGAACAGCUCUUGGAAAUCCUCAGAGUGGGAACAGUUUAUGCACAGACCUGCAGAAGUGUUCACUGAGGAAAGAGUUGAUCACAUGUGAGUUGGCUGCCGGUGUUUUUUCUUUUCUUUUCACCUGGCGCUCGUGCCCCGGACAGACCCGGUACCUACCGCGUGCCCGUAACAGGACUGAUCUGCGCGCUUGAGGUUGUUGGAGAUGGCUCCGGCGGGGAUGCUGCUGAUCGGGGCUGUGUUAGUGUGGGUGUCGGUGUUGGGUGAAGAACCCGCCGCUAAAGCCGUAGCCGACCGAUACGCCGUCUACUGGAACCGCACGAAUCCCCGAUUUUACAGAGGUGACUACCACCUUGACGUGUGCAUCAAUGACUACCUGGACGUCUACUGUCCCCACUACAUGGACUCCGUGCCGGAGGAGAGGACAGAGCGCUACAUGCUAUACAUGGUCAACUACGAUGGCUACAGCUCCUGCGACCACACAUCGACGGGCUUCAAACGCUGGGAGUGCAAUCGGCCCUACUCUCCCAAUGGGCCUCUCAAGUUCUCGGAGAAGUUUCAGCUCUUCACACCGUUUUCGCUGGGCUUCGAGUUCCGACCAGGCAGAGAAUACUACUAUAUAUCCUCGACAGUCGCUGAGAACGGGAGAAAGACCUGCCUGAGGCUAAAAGUUUUCGUCAGACCAGCAAACAACUGCGUGAAAACCGUCAGCGUACAUGACCGGGUCUUUGACGUCAAUGACAGUAACUCAAUAGAGCCGAGAGACGAUACGAGCCACGAAUCGGCCGAGCCGUCCCGAGGGGAUGUGAAUUCUGCCGGACGUGUACGUCUGGCUGGACUCCCGCUAGCUUCAGUCCUGAUCAUCCUCAUCUCUCGCAUCUCAUUAUAGCGGCCUACGUGCGUGUGGGUGCAGUAACAGGUCCCAAUCUUUACGCAGAGGAGGACUCUUUAAAGAGCACUUUUUUUAAAAAAAAAAAAAAGGUAGACAUCAGAGGUCCUCAUUAUUUCCACUGAGAUUCAAAACGUGUUCCUUUAAUGAGAAGACGCCAGAACUCCCGUCGAUGAGAGGGGAAUCUUCUCAUCUGGGAUGCAUUACAAGAUGGAUUUUGGUGGAUAUCGGUCCACAACCCAGAUACUUGUAUAUGCAUACACACAACUUCUUUCGUCAAGCAUUGACUCACCUUAAAACGGAAGGUGGAAAAGACAUAUAUACUCAUUUGUUGUUGUUUUUUUUUCUUUCUGUUUUGUUUUUUUUGGACAUUAUUUCAGUAAAAGCAAUGGCAGACUCCCAUCGACAUGUUUAUGAGCCAGGUGUCUGAUCUAUGGAAACGUGGGAACAUUUUGGACACAACUAUGUACAGGACUGACGGAGAACUGGUUUCAGAGUGUUCCUUGUAUCAAAAAAAAAAAAAAGAGAGAGAACGAGAUCAUUUUUAACGGGGCAAGUCUUUACCUGAGGACUUUGUUGUUUUUAAGGAGUUUUCUUAUAUAAAAAAAGAAAUAAGCACUCGUCUGUUUUGUACAUUGUGUACAGUUUAAAAAGCAGAAUACAAAGUGGAGACUGUAUUCUUGAAGUGAAUAAGUGCUCAAGUGUAGUAGCAACAGUGGUAUUUUGUUAUAGAGUUUGGAGCCUCACUGAUCAGUUGUUUAAGUGAAUAUACUUAUUUGUUUGACAAAAAGCAUUUUUCCCCCCCUAUUUAUUACUCAUUAUUUCACACACAUUAAAUAGUGAGGACCCUGCGUUCACACUAGCAAUUGACGAAUCCCUGGUGUCAGUGUGGGCGUGGCCUGUCCAGUUUGGUCCAUGAUCCAUCCAUCCAUUUUCUAUACCGCUUAUCCUACUGGGUCAAGGGGAAUGGGGAACAUCAGGCACAUGGCUGGGUACAUCCUGGACAGGUUGUCAAUAUCGCUGGGCACAUUCACACACUAUAGACACUUUGGACAUGCCAAUCAGACUACUGUCUUUGGACUGGCGGAGGAAACCCCCGCAGCACGGGGAGAACAUGUGAACUCCGCACACAAAGGGCAGCGGCGGGAAUCCAAACCCCCGACCCUGGAGGUGUGAGGCGAACGUGCUAACCACUAAGCCUGUGCGCCCAUUUGACACAAAGGACUUACUGUUACUAUCCCAAAGUUGAUCAUUUUAGCAGCAUAUAGCAGCAUGUGUUUUUACUCCCUUAUACCACAACGAUUUGCCAACUAGACUACGUUAAAGAACAACACUUUGUACUUUUUUAUCCAUUUAUUUUUGCGGAACAUCCGCAAAGUUAAUUCCUGUAAUCGCUUACGUUGCAGCAGCUAUAAACAGUUGUUCCAACAGCCUCACCGGUUAAUAAUAAAUUUAAAAAAAAACGCAGCUUGUCAUGUUACCGAGAAACCACAAAGCAUAAACUCCUCUGUCGCAAAGAGUUUCCUGUGUCGGAAAGCUUCACUAUAUCAGCAAUUACACAUAUUUUUGUGUUUUUUAAAAAAAAAAAAAAAAAAUCUGAUUAUGUUGAUUGUCCACCAUACAAGUCCCUGUGAAUGAGCUGUUACUGUAGAAAUGAUACCGUAUUAAAACAAGUGCAUUCAUAUAAAUGUGUGAUUUGUAGCUGUACUACCGUCAGAGCUAAUAAUGUAUAAAAGAUUAAUCACCACAUCUGACCAAUUAGAAGCCAAACUUCAACAGCGCGGUGGUACGAGCUCCAAUAAGAAAUGGUACUAGUCAAACUGUUUACAGGCUGGUGUGUAUUUUAUACACAUCACUUCUGUUUAAAUUGUAGUACAUUUUUGCCUGAAUAGAAAGGAAUUGAAGUUGUGAAUACAGAGAUAUUUGAGAAUGAUCGGUCCAAGGAAUUUACUUCACUUGCCUUAUAUAUGAAAUCACAUCAUAUUGAAUAUUGAAGUUUGCUUGUGACCUUUUUUUUUUCGUCUUGCUAGUGUGAACACAAGGUAAUGAGAUACAUAUUAAAAAAUUAUUAUUAUUAUUAUUAUUAUUAUUAUUAUAUUUUUUUUUUUAUUAAAAAAAACCUCGGUUUUGUAACCAUAAUCCGAGUUAGAAAUUAGGAUAGGUUAAGCCAUUUGAGUCGGGUCCGAUUUUUAAGGCGAGCGGAACAUUUACUAAUUGAUUGAUUUACAAUUUAUUGGCUUAAGUGUCAUCCUAAAGCCUAUGAUGGGAAUAUCACGACCAUUUAAUAUGCUCUCAUUAUCACCUAUU